AUGAAUUUCUCCAGAGUUGAUGGAAUCAUCAAUUGGGGAAUAUCUAUCCGACACAGUAGGAAAUACGAAAUGUUUCUGGAGAAUGUAACUUUCUAAUGUCCCAAUCCCUCUAUGAUUUGGUUCAACUCUUAUCAAGUUCCACAUUACUUCACGCACAUCGGAGAUUUCCCACGAGAUAUAGCUGGUAUAUUCAUGGAGACCAUAAAACCCUAAGAAAUCAUGUUGUGAAUCCUCGAAAGAUGUGCUUUUACAGUAGAAGACGGAUGGAGAGUACUUUAGAUUAAAAAAACUCACAAAAUUUAUUCACUGAAAACUUGAAUGACUCUUGGGCUUCAUGAGGUGACUUUAGAUAAAUCAGAAGUUUCUUGAUUUAAAACUUAAAUUUGAAUUUUAAAAAAAUCGACGGUAAAAACAGAAGUAGAAUACAAAAAAAUAAAGAUAGAAUGGAGAUAAAAAUAACAAUAAUUAAAAAUAAAAAAAUAUGAAAGUGAAAAAUCUAAAUAUGAACAUGUCUUAAAACAUAUCUUGUUAUGAGCUUACUUUCGUAAUUGGACUAACUUCAUCUUAAAUGAAUUUUUAGAAUGUCUGUGCUUUUGCUCCAUUUGAUUCGUACCUUAAAUGGGCUACAUCAUCUAAGAAUAGGCUUGUAUUUUAAUUGAUUUCAAAAUUAAAUUGAGGCACUGUGACACUUCUAAAUACAUGUCUGUGGCCACUUGGGUCAAAAACUUUUCAUACUUUAUUUAACAUUAGUUUUUGGACUACACUUGUCAACCAUGAUAAUAAAUAUAUAUAUUUUUUGUUAGUGAAAGAUGUUUCUAGGUUUUGGAUUCUCUUGUAACAUUAGUCCAUUCUCUAUUACAGUGAUGCCAUUUUCAUCCACUUAUAUAAGUCAUCAAAUUUAUUUUUCGUCUAAAUAGAAUGAAAAAUAUAAAUAUGAAAUAAUUAAUAAGAUUGAGAAAAAGAAAUGACAAUUUAUCUUUGAUGUUGAAGAAAAGGGAAGGGGGUCUUGUUUUUCUUACAAGGGAAGGGAGACUACCAUUUACCUUCUCAUUGCACAUAGACAUUUUUAGUUGUUAGUGUAAGUCAAAUAUAAGUUGACUGUUAUAGACAGUUUAGUAAUAAAUGUAAGUCACACAAGUUGACUUUUUAUUUAAUUUAUCGCAAUUGAGUUUCAGCUUCAGUCUAAGCUGUCUAUCUUGGAUCAAGUUCUGCACACAGUCUGAUCCUGAGAUCAGUGCUCUUCAGUCGUCCACUAUCUCAGCAUCUCGGGUUAUUCUUCGACGCCGAUUUUUUUUCCUUUUGAAUAAUUUGUCGAUUGUGUUUAGCUUUCUUCCUCCAACACAACACAGAGAGAAAUACGGGUAUCUUGUGAGUACUAGUCCAGGAAGGCGAUGGCUGUAGGUCCGGAACAGAGAAAUAAACUAUAGAAAUCUCGCCGCCAAAGGGAGCAAGGCCGUGCAGAGAGCCAAGAAGGAGCUGGAGGAUGAGAUCUCCCGGCUGUUGCCAAAGUUCCAGAGGAAGUACUCGGAGGAAGAUGGUAAGUUAUCAGUGAAAAAUUGA